GCCGGGAUGAAGUCGGGCGACGUCCCGGCCGCAGAAGCUGCAGGAGACCCCGCGCCGCCCGGCGCCACCGUGCGGCGCCUCGCCGUCGACGACUUUGAGAUCGGGCGUCCCCUGGGCAAGGGGAAGUUUGGGAACGUGUACUUGGCGCGCCUCAAGGAGAGCCGCUUCCUCGUGGCCCUCAAGGUCCUCUUCAAGUCCCAGAUAGAGAAGGAGGGGCUGGAGCACCAGCUGCGCAGGGAGGUCGAAAUUCAGGCCCAUCUGCGACACCCCAAUAUCCUACGCCUGUACAACUACUUCCACGAUGCACGCCGGGUGUACCUGGUUCUGGAAUAUGCUCCCGGGGGUGAGCUCUACAAGGAGCUGCAGAAAAGCCGCACGUUAGAUGAACAGCGGACAGCUACGAUAAUAGAGGAGCUGGCAGAUGCGCUCACCUACUGCCAUGAGAAGAAGGUGAUCCACAGGGAUAUUAAGCCAGAGAACCUGCUGCUGGGGUACAGGGGUGAGGUGAAGAUUGCAGACUUUGGCUGGUCUGUGCACACUCCCUCUUUAAGGAGAAAGACCAUGUGUGGGACUCUGGACUACUUGCCUCCAGAAAUGAUUGAGGGGAGAACAUACAACGAGACGGUGGACCUGUGGUGCAUCGGGGUACUCUGCUACGAACUGCUGGUGGGAAACCCCCCCUUUGAGAGCCCCACGCACAAUGAGACCUACAGACGAAUUGUCAAGGUAGAUGUACGGUUUCCCCCAUCUCUGCCUCAAGGGGCCCAAGACUUGAUCUCCAGCCUUCUGAGAUACCAGCCCUCAGAGCGACUGCCCUUGGCCCGGAUCCUGGCGCACCCCUGGGUCCAGCUGCACUCUCGGAGGGUGAUGCCUCCCUCUGCUCAGGUGGCUUCCUGAGCCCUCUCUGCUUCCUACCCUUUGUGCUUGUUCUGGGAAGUUAACUCCUAUCUCACCUCUUUGUUGUGUUUUAAGAUUCAAAAUGUUAAUAAAAAUCAUUUUGCAUGAGGUC